UCAUCCGGCUGCUCCGUGCAACUGAAAAAGCAGAAACGUGGUGCUGCCUUCUAUGCACUGGUGAAAUCGCUGCUGCGGUUUCUAUUACGACUGGUGACUUCCAGAUCGCGUAUGCUACUUACUGAUUUUGGGAUCACACGCCAGGCCACAAAUUCAGAUCAGCUGCAACUGUUAUGCUGUGUUUUUAUAGUCGAAACGUCUGGCGAUGCUUUGUUAACCUUCUCACUCUGUCAUCCACGAGUUACCUGGUCACCGCCUGUAAGUCAUUUUUUCAGAUGACCUGGUCACCGCAUGUGCUUCAUUUUUACAGUCGAUUAUCAAAGUUUACCAAACGCAUUGGCUGUCACCUAAACAAAAUGAAGGCGUCCACACUGAGCAUGUUACUUUUCGGCAUCAUGGCCGAAGGGUUCUCUCCUGCUGUGGGUCAAGGGAUGGCAGGCGAAAUGAUCCCCGACGAGCAGGAGAUUCACGACAUCAUCAAUUUGGUCAAGGCGAGGGAUGGCGACAGGCCGAUCCCGUCGGAGAAAUUCCAGCACGACCCCAACUCCCUUUCUGAUGCUCUUCCGGCUAGGGACGCAGUGGCACCUCUCGCAGAAAAGAUACUAGCAGGGAACGCGUUCUCUUUGCGUCACAUCCUUUUCAAGCAUUUCUUGGUUUUCGUUCGCAAGCAACUCUGGGGUAACGGCAAAGCCCUCUCAACCCCAACGUUUACGAGCCUUCAAGAACUCGAGCCGAUCCGUGCCAAGAGGCUGGCGCGUGACGACGUUAAAACCCGUGUGACAGUGCGACUCGGACAGUUUCAUCAAAAGCCACCUUCAGGUUUUAUUUUGGAGCUUAUCACCAAAUGA